AUGGAGUCCCGGGACAAACCGCAGUCUCAAGUUCCGCCGGGCGACCAAGCCAUGUCUGAAGGCGACACCAUCAUCUCAGCAUGGAAUCCCACUGGAGACGGCCAGGAGCAGCAAGAACAGCAACAGACACAGCAACAGACACAGCAGCAGACACAGCCUCGCAUGCCCCGGAGAGUCUGCGCAGCAUGCCGCCGCCGCAAGGUCGGCUGCGACAAGAAGCAGCCGUGCCAGCACUGCAGCAAGUCCGGCACCGAGUGCGUCUACCCGCCGGACAACAACCCGGACGCGCAGCAGAUGCUCCGGGACACGCGACUGCUGGAGCAGCUCCACCGCCUCGAGCCCAUGUUCAAGACGCUGGUCAGCUGCAUGGAGCAGGGCACGCUGCCGCCCUCCGUGUUGAGCUCCAUCCUGCCGCAGAGCCUGGCGGACCCCAAGAAUGCGCCGCCGUCGCCGACGCCGCCGAUGCCUCCUCACUCGGCCGGGUCCGGCGGCACGGGCAAUCAGGCGGGGUACCGUCUCGUCGGCAAUGAAUCGCAUGCGACGCAGCAGACUCCGAGUCCUCUCCAGCAGUCGCACUCGCCGUUGCAGGACACAGACUCGACUGCUGGCUUGCAGUCCAACCCUACCAAUACUGCAAGUGCAGCUGGCGAAAGCUCUCGAGAAGCCUCAGGCUCGGCUUGGUCACCGUACGGGACAUCGAUGGGGAAGCUGGUAAGGGAUAACGGUCGGCAGAGAUACGUGAGCGGUUCAUUCUGGGAGGCUCUGCAUACUGAGCACGACAUGGACGAAGCUGUAGUGAGCGACGAAGACGACUCUGAAUGCGACGAGAGUCCCCCUCCAUCCGGCCUCGAGUCACUACAAUACGCCCUGAUCUUCAACACCUGCGCCCAGAAAACCGGCCCCGACUCUCCCCACCCGCCCCAGCACCAAAGACUCAAAGCAUGGGAACUGUUCAAGGCGAAUGUCCACCCGGUUGCGACCAUCCUGCACAUACCCUCAGUCGAGCCAAUGGUUCUCGAAGCAAUGCAGAACCCGCGGGACCUCCAGCCACCACUCGAGGCUCUCCUGUUCGUGAUAUACUUUGGCGCCGUCAACAGCCUCUCCUCGGACGACUGCGAGCUGCAAUUCGGCGCGCAGCAGUCUGCCCUGCUAGCCAAGUUGCGCCGAGGCGCAGACAGCGCUCUUUCGCGCUCGAGGCUGAUGGAGACGGACGACAUGCUCACGCUGCAAACUUUUGUGGUGUAUCUGGUGCUUCUGCGCUCUCGCGAUCCUACCUACUCCUGGAACAUGACCGGGCUAGCUGUUCGGCUUGCACAGUCUCUCGGGAUGCACCGCGACGGAAGCGCACUCAACCUCAGUCCCUUUGAUGCCGAGAUGCGUCGCCGACUGUGGUGGGGUAUAUGUAUCCUCGACACGCCUGCCUCCGAGGACUACUCGUGCUCUCCAGGCCUCAUGGAGCUAAGCAGCUUCGACUCCAGACCGCCCCUCAACGUGAACGACGCAGAUCUGCACCCGGACAUGACCGAGUAUCCGAGCGAGUCUCGCGGCAUGACCGACAUGUCCUUUACGGCCGCCCGUUGCUGGGCCUCCAGCAUCUGGCGGACCAUGAUUGACACGCGCAGGAUUGACCCGGAUACCGGGAGGAGCUUCAAGCCCAUGACGAUAGCGGAGAAGCAGGCGUGGGUCGACAAGCAGCGGGAGAAGAUUGUCGGCCGAUUCUCCGGGGACAAGACAUCCCGGGAGUCGCUCCGCUGUUUGAUCAGCGCUUUUAUCGGCACCAUCAUCUCCAACCUCCAUCUCAUGGCCCUCAACCCGCUCGGUUCAGAGACCUCGCUGAACGAAGACCAGCGAAGACGCGUCUUCCAGGACGCGAUAGAAUGCAUGACGCACUCAUACCGCCUGCGCACCGACCCCCUGGUAGCACACUGGUCAUGGCUGACAAAAUGCUACAACGAGUGGCACGCCUUCGCCGUCAUCCUGUACGAGCUCUCCAGUCGGCCCCUGGUGCGGGACGCCGACAAGGCCUGGCGGGUGGUGGAGCAGAGCGCCGUGCUGCGCUGGGACUCGCCGACGCGGCACCGGAGGGUGCACCAGUGGCGGUCGGUCAUGCGGAGCAUCGACAAGGCGAGGAGGCGGAGGAAGAAGGAGCUGGGGCGGCGCAAGUCUGCCCUGUCGGCAAGGUCUUCGUCUAUCGCGCCGCAGAACACGAGUCCGGCUGCCCAGCAGCUAUGGUCAACGGUAGACAAUUCACAGGGCGGUCAAAUUGACCUCGCACGUGCGUAUCAAGGGGAUGACAAGAUGGGGCCUCUACUGGGGGAGGACAUGUGUACUUUUGCUGGUGAUGAUGGUCAACUGUACUUUGUCUGUGAAUACUAA